CAACGACGGCGGUGACGCCACCGCCAUCCCCCUCCGAUCCUUGACUUCCUCCUGAAUACCAUUUUGCUAGACCGAUCUCUCUCUCUCUCUCUCUCUCUCUCUCUCUCUCUCUCUAACCAAAGCUUUUCCGUCUAGAGCAGAAGGAGAUGGGCAAACCCAAAGGAGAUGCUGCAAGGAGCAAAGCUCGUCCAUCCAGCAGCAGCUUGGCAGCUUCUCUGUUGCCGUCUGGCUCUGCAGCUGCAGCCGUAGGUUUUGGCGGCUAUGUAGGUAGCUCUAAAUUCGAAACUUCUAUAUCAAACGAAGAUUCUGCUCCCUUGGAUUUGGAUAGUGAAGUUGCCCAGCACUUGCAACGUCUUUCAAGGAAAGACCCUAUAACAAAGAUUAAAGCCCUUGCUUCCCUGUCAGAACUGAUUAAGCAAAAGAAAGGGAAGGAAAUUUUGCCAAUAAUCCCACAAUGGACAUUUGAGUACAAGAAGUUGAUACUAGACUACAAUAGAGACGUUCGGCGAGCUACACAUGACGUCAUGACUAAUGUUGUCACUGGUGCCGGGAGAGAUUUAGCACCUCAUCUAAAGUCUAUAAUGGGGCCCUGGUGGUUUUCGCAGUUUGAUUUGGCAUUUGAAGUUUCUCAAGCAGCAAAGUCAUCUUUGCAGGCAGCAUUUCCUACCCAGGAAAAGAGAUUGCACGCCUUGAAUUUAUGUGCAGCUGAGAUUUUUGCUUAUGUGGAGGAAAAUCUCAAACUUACACCUCAAAAUUUAUCUGAUAAAGCACUUGCUUCAGAUGAAUUAGAAGAAAUGUACCAGCAGAUGAUAUCAUCAUCUCUGAUGGCAUUGGCUACACUUCUAGAUAUAUUGCUCCGCGAACCUGAUAAAGCUGUCUCUGCAAACAUUAAUUCUGAAUCUAAACUUUUCUCAAAGGCUAGGGCAGUGGCAAUCUCCACAGCUGGGAAGUUGUUCUCUUUCCAUAAAUGCUUUCUGAACUUUCUAAAAUCUGGGAGCCCUAGUAUUCGGUCAGCCACUUAUUCUUUAUUAAGCAGCUUCAUUAAAAAUGUUCCUGAAGUCUUUGGCGAAGGCGAUAUCAGAUGUCUUGCACCAGCUCUGCUUGGUGUUUUUCGGGAAAAUAAUCCAACCUGCCACUCAUCAAUGUGGGAGGCUGUAUUGCUGUUCUCUAGAAAAUAUCCUCAGAGCUGGGUCUACCUAAAUGUUCAUAAAUCUGUUCUAAAUCAUUUAUGGCAGUUUCUAAAGAACGGUUGUUAUGGAUCCCCACGGGUUUCUUAUCCUGCACUGAUAUUGUUCCUUGAAGUUAUACCAAUAAAAUCUAUAGAAGCUGAUAAGUUCUUCGUGAAUUUUUUCAAAAACUUAUUGGCUGGAAGAAGUAUAUGUGAUUCUUCAAGUGCGGAUCAGUUAUCACUUCUUCGGGCAACAACUGAGUGUUUCCUCUGGGGAUUACAUAAUGCUUCAAAGUACUGCGUUGGUCCCAAUUCCAUUCAUGAUCUCCAGGUUGAUCUAAUUGAUAAAGUUCUCGUGAAGAUUCUAUGGGCAGACUUCUUUGAACUAUCUAAGGGCAGCAUUCCACCUAUUCAGAGGAAGUCAGCUGAAACUCUUGGCAUGGGUAAUUCAGUUAAUUAUCGGCAAGAGCUAGGAAGAUGCAUCGUAGAAAUCCUUUCAGGGAUUAAUUUACUCGAGCAGAACCUGCUAUCUUUUUUCUGUGAAUCUGUUCAAGAGAGCUUCUUGAAUAUGCUUCAGCAGGGAAACUUAGAGAUAGUUGCGGGUAGCAUGGGAAAAAUGAUUGAUUUUCUUUUGUUAUUGGAGAGAUACUCAGUUUUGGAAGGUGAGAGUUGGCCCUUGGAUCAGUUUAUGGGGCCACUGCUGUUCAAGGCUUUCCCGUGGAUAAGAUCAUCUGAAUUGUUAGAUGGUGUGAAGCUUUUGUCAGUUUCAGUAUCAGUGUUUGGACCGAGAAAGAUAGUUCCGAUACUAAUUAAUGAUGUAGAGACUUCUACCCUUAUCUCUGUUGAAAAGGGGAGGGAUAUGAGCCCAGAAAAGUUCAUUAAAGUUUUUCAAGAGAUUUUCAUUCCUUGGUCUAUGGAUGUAUCUGACUCUUCAACUGCAGCUAGACAAGAUCUCCUACUUUCAUUACUUGAUGAUGAAUGUUUCACUCAGCAGUGGAGUGAUGUCAUUUUUUAUGUAUUUAAUCAACACCGUCAGGGUUGCAAUAAUCUGGCUGCCAUGAAAGUGCUUUUAGAGAAGGCAAGGGGUGAAAUUACAAAAAGAAGUUCUGGGCAGUUGAAUCAAAGAGUAGGCUCUCUGCCAGAGCAUUGGCAUCAUAGACUCAUAGACUCAACUGCGAUAAGUCUUGUCCAUUCCUCCUCAGGGACUACAACCUCUGCGGCUCAGUUCCUGUGUUCAGUUCUGGGUGGUUCAACUGAAGACUGCAAUAUUUCUUUUGUGUCAAGAAGCUCGUUGGUCUUGAUAUAUAAAGGAAUCCUCGGAAAGCUGCUAUCUUUUAUCAAACAGUCACCACUAUGCUCAGUUAAUGAUAUAUGUUCAUCUCUUACUGUUGAGGCUAUAGAGUUUGAUUUGAGCAGUACUGUGGACGUGAUCGUGGUUGCUAAGUUUGCAGUUGAAGUUAUUAAUGGUAGUUUCUUCAGUUUGAAGGCUAUGAAUCAGGACGCCACUCUACUUUCAACUAUUUUGUCUUCUAUUUUAAUCAUUGACUUGGAGAGUAGAAUAACAUCACUAAUGGAUGAUACGCAAUAUGAGUCCAAAGAGAAGAGAAAGGAUCGGAAUCUUGUGUGUGAUUUUAUUCACGCUGUUUACUCUAAGAUGGAUAAUCACUUCUGGAAAUCCAUAGACUAUGAUGCCAGGAAGAGUUCAGCAAUCAUUUUGGUUCAGUCCCUUAGGUCCAUUGUCCUACUUGAGGAUAGUCUGCAACCUUGUGAACUUACGCUAUUGUGUGCUUCUAGGAUGACCGAGGUGUUGGAAUAUCUCUCACUGGAUCAAAGCGAUAAAGAAAAGAUAUGUUCCCUGCUCCUGCUUGAAAGUGAUAUAUGGCCUAUGUGGGUCAGCCCCAGCACGUCAGCUAGCAUAAAUACCCAUGGAAGGCCUGUUCAUUUGUGUGAAUUGAGGAAAUCCAGGAGUGAAAGAUUUGUUUCUUUCAUUAACAACCUGAUCUUGAAAAUGGGAAUUCACCGAUUUCUUGUUGGACGCAAAGAUGAUGGGUUUUCCUCUCAAGCUUGGCUUUCCGUAGAGAUACUCUGCACGUGGGAGUGGCCAGGGAGUAACGUUCAAACUUCUUUCCUGCCAACGCUUGUCUCAUUUUGUAAGAGUGAACCGUCGAGUGGGAGCUUACUAAAUUCCAUUUUUGACAUACUACUCAAUGGUGCCCUUGUACAUGGAGAGGAUGAGAUAGAGAGCUUGGGGAACAUGUGGGUUGACUUUAAUAAUAACAUAGAGGAUAUCGUAGAACCAUUUUUGAGGGCUCUAGUGUCAUUGCUUCACACUUUGUUCAAGGAGGACCUUUGGAGAGAAGAACAAGCCAUGGUUGCUUUCAAAAUGCUCACAGAUAAACUUUAUAUAGGAGAAGAGACGAGCACAAAGUGUUUGAGAAUCAUUCCUUUCAUUAUGAGCAUUUUAAUUUCACCACUACGUACAAAAAUAAAAUCUGGUGUUUCUGGUAAAGAUAUUUUGCUGCCACUGGAAGUUUUGUUUAGAAAUUGGCUGGAGAAAACUUUGUCAUUCCCUCCUCUGGUGUUCUGGCAAAGUGGAGAAGAUAUGCAGGAUUGGUUUCAGCUUGUUAUCUCUUGUUAUCCCGUAAGUAAAAAGGCUGAAGAAGCAAAGGAACUACAGAGGCAUGUGAGCAAUGAAGAGAGAACACUCCUGCUUGACUUGUUCCGCAAGCAGAAGCAAGAUCCUGUUGCAUCAAGUGUAGUUACCCAACUUCCAGCUGUCCAAAUUCUGCUCGCUAGACUAAUUGUUAUCGCAGUUAGUUACUGUGGAAACGAUUUUAAUGAGGAUGACUGGGAUUUUGUCUUUUCUAAUUUGAAGCGUCUGAUUCAGUCUGCAGUGGUUGUGAUGGAGGAAACUUCUGAGAACGUCAAUGACUUCAUUAGUGGCGUUUCUUCUGUGGAGAAGGAGAAUGAUACUCUUGAGGGACUUGGGCAUAUUGUGUUUAUUUCUGAUCCUUCUAUAAGCAAUGCUCAGAAUGCUCUCUCAGCAUUUUCGUUGCUUAAUGCUUUAGUAAAGCAUAAAUCGACUGAAGGUGAAGACAAUCUGAAAUCCUUGGCAGAUGAAACAUGGGAUCCGGUUAAGGAUCGGAUACUUGAAGGUGUUCUACGUCUUUUCUUUUGCACCGGUCUUGCUGAGGCUAUUGCUGCUUCAUAUUCCGCAGAGGCAGCAUUGAUUGUUGCUUCAUUUCGAGUUGAUCAUUUGCAAUUCUGGGAGUUGGUGGCUCAAAUUGUGGUAGACUCUUCUCCACGUGCCAGAGAUAGAGCUGUCAGAGCAGUGGAAUUUUGGGGUCUAAGCAAGGGAGCCAUAAGCUCUUUGUAUGCAAUGAUGUACUCUUCCAAUCCAAUCCCGUCAUUGCAACUUGCUGCAUACAUUGUUUUGUCUACCGAGCCUAUUUCCAGGCUGGCCAUAGUUGCUGAUGGGAAUGCACCACUGAAUGAUGAGUCUCUCAAUGACCAGGACUCAAUCAAUACUGGUUUGCCAUCUGAAGAGAAGCUACGGUUAAGAGAUGAAGUAUCUUGUAUGGUUGAGAAGUUAAAUAAUGAACUUCUUGAUACGGAUUUAACUGCACCAGAAAGGGUGCAAACGUUCCUGGCAUGGUCUUUGUUGCUCUCGCAUGUUAACUCUCUUCCUUCACUAACACAAGGACGAGAGAGACUGGUGCAGUAUAUAGAGAAAACUGCAAAUCCGUUGAUAUUAGAUAGUCUUUUUCAGCACAUACCUCUAGAAUUAUACAUGGCACAUAGCUUGAAAAAAAAAGAUGGGGAUAUUCCGUCUGAGUUAUCUGUUGUAGCUUCUGCAGCCACUCAUGCGAUUAUGACAGGCUCUUCCCUGUCAACGGUUGAAUCACUUUGGCCUAUUGAAACUGGAAAGAUGGCUUCGCUUGCUGGGGCGAUAUAUGGUCUGAUGCUACGCGUCCUUCCAGCUUAUGUUAGAGAAUGGUUUAGCGAAAUGCGAGACCGUUCUACAUCAUCUCUGAUUGAAGCAUUUACAAGAUCGUGGUGCAGCCCUACUUUAAUCAAGAAUGAACUGUCUCAGAUAAAGAAGGCAGACUUUAAUGAUGAGAGCUUUUCAGUCAGCAUAAGUAAAGCGGCAAACGAAGUAGUUGCUACAUAUACGAAGGAUGAAACAGGGAUGGAUCUCGUGAUCCGGCUUCCAGUUUCUUACCCACUAAGGCCUGUUGACGUUAAUUGCACAAAAAGUAUUGGAAUAAGCGAUGCAAAGCAGAGGAAGUGGUUGAUGUCCAUGCAGCUGUUUGUUCGUAAUCAGAAUGGGGCCCUGGCGGAGGCGAUAAGGAUAUGGAAGCGAAACUCGGAUAAAGAGUUUGAAGGAGUAGAGGACUGCCCGAUAUGUUACAGUGUGAUACACACAGCGAAUCAUAGCCUUCCAAGGCGGGCUUGCGUGACGUGCAAGUACAAGUUUCACAAAGCAUGUUUAGACAAGUGGUUCUACACGUCUAGUAAGAAACUCUGCCCCUUGUGCCAAUCUCCUUGCUAAUCCAAUAAACGGAGCUGAGGAUGCAUUUUGUGACAUUAGUCUGGGAGUUUUGCUUUAACCCUAACAUUCUCCUUAGUAUUUGCUUUCCAAGAAAUGAAAAGGGUUUACGGAACGUAGGUGGUACUUAUAUGUGAUAUACGUAAACAUGUGUGAGUUGUCUUUACUAAUAACUCAAUUCAAUUAUAUGUGGUGUGGAAGAUCAUAUGAAAAGAAAGUAAUAAAUAGAGAAAUUUACUUGUCGCUCUC